AUGAGCUGGUGUAACCCCUGUCUGGGCAUGUUUGCCUCCCUCCCUCUCACGACACCACUCACCUUCGCCAAGACGCGCCAUGUUCCCCGAAACAUUUCCCUCACCUUGAGCCCGGGACGCUGAUCUCUCCAACCGCUGGCUGCCCUCCGAGUCUCGUCUAAAUCAAAGACGCGUCCGCGUCGCUGGCCGGAGCCAUGUCAAACGCAAUAGGGUGGAGUAGAGAGGACUUCGAGGCGGCCCAAGCCGUGGAUUUCUCGGAUGGACUGCACCCUGUACAUCUGCAGCACAGCCAGCAUUACUACCAGCAUCAUGCCCCUGAGCCGACGGAUCGGGGCGAUGAGAGAUCCCAGGGCUGGCAGCAAAACUCACCAACACCGCCAUCACUGGCCAAGGUAGCGUUCCCCGUUGCGACGCCGGUGGAAUCCAACCAGGAGAACAAACCCCCGGAGACGGAGCCGAGGAUACUCGGGUUGAGGAGGACGACAUUCUUUUUGACGGUUAGCAACAUCUUGCUAGCCAUUGGACUUGUCGUUCUCGGGGUGGUACAGAGCCAGGUAUUAAGGAACGAGACGGGGACGACAGGAUCAGGAGCACAGGGGUCAUGUCCAAGCCCCAACCCAACCGGCACCUCCACCUCAACCGCCUCCCCGCCAACCUGCACCCCCGAGGCCAACAAGAUCUGCUUCGCGACAGACCAAUCCAUCACACGGGCCGUCGCCAUCGGCGCCGUAAUCCAAGAAUGCCCGCUCCCCCCCGGACAAGCCAACUACACCGUGCCCGGCACCAACUUAACCUUCCGGCGCGAGUGCGAGACCGAUUACACCAGCGGCGACCUGGGCCGGUUCCCCGUCAUCUCCAUGGCCGACUGCAUCGCGCUGUGCGCACAGCUGAACCUGUACCCGGCGUCGGCGCUGGGGCCGUGCGUGGGCGUGUCGUGGGUGACGGCCGACGGGCCGCAGGGGACGGGGCUGAGUUUCUGUUAUCCGAAGAGUGAGAUGCGGGAGGCGGGGACGAGGGCCAAGACGGAGAGUGCGGUGCUGCUCGAUGGGUAG